AUGCAUCAAUUAUCAGUUUUGAUCACGGCAUUAUUAGCUGUGAUUAUAUCAAUCAAUGCAAAUCCAGUUUUACGUGAUGGUCUCCCAUCAAGAUAUCAUGUAAGUGGUGUUAUUCAAUUACCUUAUGCAGAAAUUAGUGAACCAUUUGAAUCAUGGAUUGAUGUUGCUGCUGGAUUUUCACGUAUUGAUUAUUAUGGCGGUGCAGCAAAAACUAUUCAACGAAAAGGACAAGGUGGUCAAGAUUUCGGAGCUAAUUAUAAAAUUGUACCUAUGUCUGAUGAACAAGUUUUAAAUAAGAUUAGUUGUUUUCAAUCUAAUGGUUCACAAGAAGAUAUGGUUGAUGUACAACAUACACUUCCUGAUCUAUCUGCAUUUCAAGAUUUAGGUCCAGCUGAAUGGCGUGGAAUACAAUGUGAAAUGUAUCAAACUGUUGAUCAAGUAGGCGAUAAAAAAUCAACAUAUACUUAUUAUAUCAAUUCUGCUACUAAACAUCCAGUUCAUUAUGAAAUGUUCGGUUACGAUACAUUAAUUGGUUCUCAUUUUGAUAAAUAUACUAUUGAUUAUUAUAAUUAUGAUGAAGAUUCAAUUGACCCAACUAUAUUUCAUAUUACAGACGGUAAAAAGUAA